AUGGCCACCUUCCCAGUGGCUAAGUCGGGGUUGGCAAACCUGAGCCUGUGGCGCUAUUUUAACCUGCCCCGACAGAGUCUCUCGAUACGGCGCGCGGCGGCGCCGCUCCGCAAGCUGGGGCCGCUCCUUACGGACUCGUCGCUGCGCUCCUCAAGGCAAACACGGAGCGCGCUGCGCGCGCGGUCUACGCCGAAUGCUGCGGCCGCCGUCACGACUGCCAUCCUCGGCGGCGCCGAGCGCGCGAGCGGCGCCGAUGGCCAGCCCGGCGCCACCUCCCAGCGACAAGCGCAUGAGCGACAGGACGCGCAUGAGCGACCGGUCCAGCGCACGUGA